AUGUUAGGUCAGACACACGACCUUCUGACUUUCGAGGCGUUUCAGCAAUUACUACCGGUUCAUGACCUAAUCCUGUCUCACUUGUCACACAUCGCUCCAGUCACCUAUAUCCUCCUUUCCAAGAAGCACUACGACCGACAUAUACCUUUACUUUACCAUACUAUAGCACCCGACUCUGCUACACUGUAUGGUCUUACUCAACACGCACCGUUGCACGAACGUACGCUCGCUGCACUGAGACACACCAAUACGUUAGUGAUUGGUGAACAACAUGUAGCUCUUUAUGAAGCGACUCUAUCACAUGGACCAUUCCCACGAUUCUACGAAGGUCUGUUUCCCAAUGUGAAGAGAGUUGAGCUUGGUUGGAAAACGCAAAUUCACAGUGGAGCUCAUUUGGAUCCAUCACUCCCAUGCCGUCAACCAAUAGAGAACAUACUAUGGCGUCAUGUAAGAAUACCUUUGGAAAGUGUGACUCUGAACGAGGAAAGAUUGGAUCCAACUGCGAGACUCAACAUCAUGGUGACAGCGCGCUUCAUUCAUGGUAUGCAGGCGAAAUCAAUCAUCUUCAAGUAUGACUAUAACGCAUCAAAAGCCAAUAUAUCUCUACCGGUGCAAAUAUGGAGGAUAAAUGCGCCUUCCGUUCAAGAAAUAAGAGUUGUUUUGUUUCCGGUUAUUCACUCAAGUAAAGGGCAAAAUCAUGAUUCGCCAAGGCCAGAAGAUACCGAUAAAGCAGACUUGAAGGACCUAGUACAACAAGAAACUAAAAGUUUAGAGCUGAUAGACCAUCUCAAAUCCGAAACAUACAAGACCUGGGAGACGUGGAAUGCAGCUGGCUGGGGUCAGGAGGGACAAGGGAAUUCACCUAAAUUCACGAUCGAGUUGCGGGAUGAAACAAGAGGAAACGAAAGAGAGGUUUUCAAGCUGAUCGACGGCGGAGAAGGAUAUGACCUUGUUACGGAAGAAUAG